AUGUCAAGCCCGCCGGCCGUUCAGCACUCAAGCUCGCCGGCUGCGGCUCUCUCCAGCCCGCCGGCCGCCCCGAUGUCAAGCCUGCCGGCUGCGGCUCACACAAACCCGCCAGCCCGUUCAGCACUCGAGUUCGCCGGCCUCUCCUCUGUCAAGCCCGCCGGUCAUCUCCCUCUCCCCGGCCCAAAAGAGGAGAUUGCGGAGGAAGAGACUGUGGGCUCCAGCCCGAGAGCUCGCUCCAGGAUUUUAUGGAUUGAGGUUAUGGCGAAUGGACAAGAAGAGAAUGCAGCACUAUGGGGCAAAACUAGUCAGUCAUCAAAUUACUUACAAUCUGGACCUGAAUUGGCUCUUGACGGACUGUUAACCAGCUGGACCCACACUAACACUGAGACCAACCCGUGGUGGAGAGUGGAUCUACUGAAGGUAUACAGAGUGAACAGGGUCACCAUCACUAAUAGACCGGGCAAUGGCUUGAGGAUUAACGGGGCGGUGAUUCGUAUAGGAAACUUCCUUGACAUUUACAACAACAGAAUAUGUGCUGUAAUUUCCACUCUUGCAGACGGUGCCACGGCCACUUUCUCAUGCGGUGGGAUGGAGGGACGUUAUAUGAUUGUUCAUAUUCCUGGAGAUCAGAAGAUUCUUAGUCUUAGUGAAGCUGGAGUCUACGGGUAUUUGGCAGGAAAUCUGGCAGUGGAUGGAGCAGCUACACAGUCAUCAACAUUUACGGGCUGGUUUGCUGAAAAGGCCAUUGAUAGUAAUCGAGGUCUCCAGCAGAAUACAGCAUGCGCAUCAACCCUUAAUCAGACUAACCCGUGGUGGAGGCUGGAUCUCCGUCAUAUUUACAGAGUUAGCAGAGUGGUGGUCACUAACAGAAAAGACUGCUGUACCGAACAAAUGAACGGAGCGGAGAUUCGCAUCGGAAACUCUUUGGAGAGCAACGGCAACAACAAUCCCAUAUGUGCUGUUAUUCCUGCUAUUCCAGCAGGUGAGUCCUACAGCUACUCGUGCGGUGGGAUGGAUGGACGUUACGUGAAUCUGAUCAUUCCUGAAGACAUGAAGAUACUCACUCUCUGUGAGCUGGAGGUCUAUGGAGAAGGUCCAGUUUUAAAAAGAUCUUUUGUAAAGAUGCAGUUUAAGUCCAGAGUUGAUUUAACUGACCCUUCCGUGAGAGAAAACGUUCUGAAACAGUUGGGAUCUGCUCUGGUUGACAGAGGAUUCACAAACGUGACUCUACAGUGGUCUCAGACCCCUAAACGGGUGAUCCAGAAGGUGACUGCUGGUAAAAGUCGUUGUGGCAAUGGAAGAUAA